UCUCUCUUCUGCUUAGUAGUCAGUGCGCUGCUGCUGUAUACAGCAAGCCGGCCUUUCCGACGACUCCUUUAUCCCUUCGAUUUCACCUCUCAACCCUUCAAUAUAAAAAUAAAAUCUCAAAAGAAAGAGAAAUCCCUUUCCAACCAGAAAAACAAGAGCUUCCAACUGCCAUUUUUCCUCAGAAUCAGAUCUCUCCAAAGGGUUUUAGGUGUGUAAGUGUUAAGGAAAUCUCGCCUUUGUUUUCUUGAAUCUGGACGAUCACGAUUGAACAGAAUCCUAUUGAACUCGGAAGCUUCCAACAGCCGCGGAAGUUUCCAGAAAUUACUCGGAGUCUCUUGGAUUUUCUUUUUAAUUAAUCUAUGCAUGGUUCUUAUUUGUUGAUUUUGGAAUGAAAGCACACAAAUGAAUGGGAGGAUUAACCUUCUCCUAAAGAAUUACAAGAUCUGAGGAUUUGGAUGGCUCUGGUUUUUCUUAAGUGGGGCUUAUGUUUCAGUGAUCCAGACCGUUGAUCAAAUGUUACCCGCCAUGGAUGGUCCAUUUCCUGAAUAUCUCCUAGAUUGGAAGAUUCAAGCUACGAUUUUUGGCCUCUUUUUUUAGAGCUCAAUGUCAGCUGUUGCUGUAUUUCUCUUCUUGGCCGUUGGCUUGCAGGUCACUUAAGUACCGUCUAUCUGAGGGGCGGGCAUGCCAGUGGUGGGGAUUGCCUGACUGUGGGCCCCACUUGCUUAAACCGAUACCCUUCAGUCUGCAGAUUUUUAGGCAACAUAAAGAUACUCAUCACAAAGCAAUGAAGUGCCUGGAACAGAUAAGAAAGAAAGCAAUGUGUGCGGAAGUUGACAUGUAGCGAUCCAAUCCAAGGCCCGAUGUGUAUUGGCUAUAGGCUUCGAGGUAUAACAUUCACUCAAGAGUCCAUCGGAACUCGCACGCAAAUUCGAAUUAAUCAAUGAGAAUAAGCACAACAAAGAUGGAGUUGGUUUAUGCAUUUUUUAUGUUGGCUUAUCUUCGUUCUUUUGGCACAUCAGAUUUUCAAGGAGAUGCGCUAUUUGCCUUGAGGACAUCAUUAAGUGCCCGUCAGGAUCAGCUCACAGAUUGGAACCAAAACCAAGUUAAUCCAUGCACUUGGACCUCUGUUACUUGUGAUCCCAAGAAUAAUGUCAUUUCUGUAACAUUGUCUUCCAUGGGCUUCUCUGGAACUUUGUCACCCAGCAUUGGAUCUCUGAAGACUCUUUCUACCCUUGGAUUGCAAGGUAACAAUAUAACCGGGGAGAUUCCAAAAGAGUUCGGAAGCCUAUCGAGUUUGACAAGCUUGGAUUUGGAGCAUAACCGGUUAACUGGAGAGAUACCAGCUUCCCUUGGCAAUCUGACCAAGCUUCAGUUCUUGAUUUUGAGUCAAAAUAAUCUCAGUGGAAAUAUUCCUGCCACAAUUUCGAAUCUUCCAAGCUUGAUAAAUCUUCAGCUUGCUUCCAAUAAUCUCAGUGGCCGGGUACCUGAUCGACUGUUUCAGCUUCCUAAAUACAAUUUUACAGGAAACAAUUUGAACUGUGGCGUAAAUUUUCCAAACCUAUGUGCCUCCAAGACUUCUGAUGGAGGUGGUUCCCGUAAACCAAAGAUUGCCAUUGUAUUUGGAACUAUUGGAGGUGUGAUGGGAGUCCUCCUUUGCAGUGCUGUACUGUUUCUUCUGUGGAAGGGCAGGCAUAAAGGUUAUCGGCGUGAAGUUUUCGUGGAUGUUGCAGGUGAAGAUGACCGCAGAAUUGCAUUUGGGCAAUUGAAAAGAUUUGCAUGGCGGGAAUUGCAACUGGCAACAGAUAGCUUUAGUGAGAAAAACAUUCUUGGACAGGGGGGCUUUGGAAAGGUAUAUAAAGGAGUGCUUGCAGAUAAUACAAAAAUAGCUGUGAAACGACUGACUGAUUAUGAAAGUCCUGGAGGAGAGGCAGCUUUCCUACGUGAAGUUGAGAUGAUAAGUGUUGCGGUUCACAAAAAUCUUUUGAGGUUGAUCGGGUUCUGCACAACACCGUCGGAACGGCUUCUGGUUUACCCUUUUAUGCAAAACCUAAGUGUUGCCUAUCGUUUACGAGAGGUUAAACCUGGAGAGCCAGUAUUAGAGUGGCCCACGAGAAAGCGAGUGGCUUUAGGCACAGCUCGUGGUCUAGAGUAUCUUCACGAACAUUGCAAUCCCAAAAUCAUUCAUCGUGAUGUUAAAGCUGCCAAUGUUUUACUGGACGAAGAUUUUGAAGCAGUUGUAGGGGACUUCGGCCUAGCAAAAUUGGUAGAUGUAAGAAAGACUAAUGUGACAACUCAAGUUCGUGGGACUAUGGGCCAUAUAGCACCCGAAUAUCUAUCAACUGGGAAGUCAUCAGAGAGGACUGAUGUUUUUGGAUAUGGGAUCAUGCUUCUAGAACUUGUGACUGGACAACGUGCAAUAGAUUUCUCGCGAUUGGAGGAAGAAGAUGACGUAUUAUUGCUUGACCAUGUGAAGAAGCUAGAAAGAGAGAAGCGACUGGAUGCAAUUGUCGAUCACAACCUACACAGGAAUUACGACUGUCUUGAAGUGGAGAUGAUGAUCAAAGUCGCAUUGCUUUGCACGCAGGCAACACCUGAGGACCGACCAACGAUGUCGGAGGUAGUUCGGAUGCUGGAAGGGGAGGGGCUUGCUGAGAGGUGGGAGGAAUGGCAGCAGGUCGAAGUGACCCGCAGGCAGGAAUUCGAGAGGCUACAGAGGAGAUUCGAUUGGGGCGAAGAUUCUGUGUAUAACCAGGAGGCAAUCGAAUUGUCCGGCGGAAGAUAGUGAGGGCUAUAAAACAGCAUCCACGCUUCCCAUUCUGAUUUAAUUUUUGGAGAAAGAGAAGUGUGUGUGAUUUGUGGGUAAGAUCGUUUUUUUUUUUUUUUGAAAUGCUGGCUUUGGUGCUUCUCUUGCUGGAAGGACUUUUGUACCUUGGGCUGAAAGCAGCCUUGCUGCUGCUGCUCAUUAGUCUUUCAUAUCAUGUUAUGCUAUCAAUGUUUGUAUGGUUCCGUAUAUGCCUGUUGAAAUAAGGUAGCUUUUACUUCUCUGA